AUGCAUAGUGAAUUUAUAAUUUUUCAAGAAAAGGGUGGCCUUCUCAGCUGUUUCCUGAACCAGUUCCAAGGACGACUUUCGAGGAAGGUUCGAGGUCUUCCGGAUGCAAUUGACCCACUGAAAGAGGCCCGCGACUCUCUGGUUUCUAGACUUGCCGCCGCUGAGCUCGUUAGCGCACUUUCUACUGGCGUAGAUAACGCCUCCAGUGAAUUGCAGGCUGCCUGCCAAUCUGCCUUCCUGACCGCCAAGGCGUACUUGCACCUGGCUGAAGCGCAGUCGAAGAACAACCUCCUUGUCAAAUUCGACAAGAAACAUUUGCUAGAAACCGCAAACAACUUGCUCUACACUGUGGACACGCCUUAUCAAUACAGACAAAUUCUCAAGCUCUGCGAAUUGAGGGAAGCUCUCGUGGAUGCCGUUAGAGAUUUGACGGUUACUGCUACUGUUGAAUCGAGCCGCGACUACCCUGUGCUCUGUAACUUAACUGUCACUGACAGUUGGCAAAUUGUAAGUGUAUGCUGCGUCUUGUAUUGUAUUCUUGUAAUUCAACUUGUUUGA